CGUUAACCCGAAAGCAGUUCGCGUAUACAUACAGAUGCAUAUGCAUUUAUAAAAAAAUUGUUGUAUAAUAUAAUUAUAUUCAUAACACAAAAAUGAAAAUGACAAGUGAAAAAAACAAAAACAAUGACAAAAAAUACAAAUUAGUGCCACCAGAUGGAGGAUGGGCGUAUGUAAUUUUUGUGGCUUGUGUCUUGAUGCCCCAACGGGAGGGUUUAGACCCGCAUUUUCUUUGAUGUAUCAUGACUUGAUGGAAGAAAUAGGAAUGGCCAGUACAAAAACUGGUUUCGUGGCCGGGUGCAAUGUGAUGGCUUUCUCACUAUCAGGUUACUUGACAAGUCCAUUCCUGAAAGUCAUGAGUGUUCGUCAGUUAGCACUAUUAGCCACUGCUUUUUACAAUACUGGUGCGUUUUGUUCAGCAUUCGCACAGUCUUUCACGACGUUCACGAUUUGUCAGUCAUUGUUACAGAACGUUGGGUUCGGUAUACUAUACAAUUUGGUGUUCACAUGUUUGAAGGACUACUUUUCAAAGAAACGAUUGCGCGCCGUAAUCUUUGUCCAGGCAAUAAAUGCUAUCUCCUCGGUAUUAGUGCCAUUCGUUAUAAAAUAUGCUACUGAUGUUUAUGGACACCGUGGAAUGUUAUUGAUCAUAAGCGCCAUCAGUAUGCAAGCUUUCGUUGGCGUCAGUUUGUUGCAGCCUGUAGCUUGGCAUUUGAAGAGAGAAGAAGUGGAAGAUGGCGAAGAAAUUAAUGCUUCAUCAAACAAAUGCAAUACCGAUGAAAAGGUGCCGUCUACUGAUGGACCGGACAAAAAGAAGGAAGAAAAUGAACAAUCUGUAUUGAAGGGUUUCUUCAAAGGUAUAGUUGAUGUGAAUGUUCUGAAAGAAUUUGGACUAACUCGUACUUGCUUGGGAUUAAGUACAGUAAUGGUAGCAGAUUUUUCAUAUUCUUUGAUGCUGACUAAAACUUUUUAUGCAAAAGGCAUGAGUCGAGAAUAUGUUACAUCGUUUACGUCAUUAAUUGCAACUGGAGAUUUGGCGACAAGGAUAAUUUUGACAUUUUUUUCUGAACAUUUGAAAAAACUGGGAAGUAAAGAGUUAUUUGCUGUUGGCAGUUUCGUAGCGUUCAUCGCCAGAUCAGGGGUACUUCUGUCAGAAAGCAAAUCGUCUAUACAAGUAUUUUUAACUUUAACAGGAAUAGCCAGAUCAUUUGGCACUACUCUGAUCCCUAUAGUAAUUGCAGAUUCUGUUUCUGCUAAAAAUUACACGGCAAGUAUUGGCAUUACCUUGCUAAUUAUUGGAGUCCUCAAUUUAUCAAUUGGACCGAUUUUAGGUGCCGUGCGAGAUUAUACCAACAGCUAUGAAUUAGUGUUAGGGUUCACAUGCUGUUUGUUUUUAGCAGUCUCUGUUCUCUUUGCUGUGGACAUAAGACUACAGAAAAAGAGGAGCAAAAAGGAAUAAUUAAAUUGCUUAUUUUAAAAAUUUUCUAUGAGACGUAGUACAGUGUAAAAUAACAGAAAUCUCAAUAUUUAUAUUUCUGUGGUAUAAAAUACGACAAAAAAUUAUUAUUAAUUAUUUCAAAGAGACAAAACAAUAUAUUAUGAUAUCAAAUAGUCUAUGCGAAAUUAUUACCAAAAAAAAUAUCAAUCAUUGUGGCAGAGUUCAAGAUUUAUUUAUAAAAAGAAUAUUAGAUUUUUUGUUUCUAAUACUUCGGGGAAUGUCAAAUUAAAAAAGGAGUUGCCAGUAACUUAUAUAUAUAUCAUGAACUUCCUUAUAUGAGACAAUAUCGUUCGUAUAUUAUCUGUAGCGUAAGUUAAAAAUUUUGUUAGGUGAAGGAGGUGCACAGCAGAUAUUUAAAUAGUCAGAUAUUUAAAAUUCUUAAUAAAAAAAAUCAGUUGAAAGUCAUUCAAAAGGUAUUUCAAUUUUAUUAUUCAUUGAUACGUGAUGUGCUAAAUAUCAACUAAAUGAGCGAAUAAUUAAAUAAAAAUGGGUCGUAAAACUGAUAACUUUGACUUAAUGAUAACCUAUAAACCUUGGAAAAUUUAAGUGUGCAGAUUUAAGAGGUUGUUGGGCAUUAUCAAAAAAAAUUGUACAGUCACGAAAAAGGAUAAU